AUGUCUCCUCAAUCGCGCCACUUGCCACUCGUGCCACUCCCGCACGGCAUCGUCCUCCUCCCCGGCGUAACCACUCGAGUACCUCUCCAGCACCGCGCCGAUGUUGCCGCCAUUCUCGCGCAUAUAUACAGCAAGGCGACCACUCCGCGACCAGAGGCUUCGAGCGUGACCGUCGGAUGUGUUCCGCUGAACAGCCCAUGCCUCAGUCCGGAUGGAAAGCGGUUGAUCGAGUCGGGCGAUAGGGAGAAGAUCCAACCUAAAGUUGUGGAAGUCGAGCAGGCGAGGAAGCCGGAUCUCUUCCAAUAUGGCACCAUGGCGAGAGUCACUGGUGUGCAAGGACGACGGCCGGGAGAGUUGAUGCUGGUGGUGGAGGGUGUACAGCGGUUCAAGAUUGAGAAGAUCACAAGAGAGAGGCCGUACUUUGAGGCAAAUGUACUACUGCAUCAGGAAGAGAAGAUAAGAGAGGACGACGAGAAGAUCAAUACGCUCUUCGCGAAUUUGAAGCAGCUGAGCCGGGAACUCAUCGCACUAACCCGGCUUUCUGCUCUCCUUCCAAGAGGUACUCAGAUGAGCCUAAGCCCAAUACUGGCAAGGAGAUUGGAGCUCUAUAUUGUACGGAAGGACCUGCAAGAAGCGGGGGUUCUGGCGGAUUUCAUGACCAACAUUGUCGAUUGCUCGCAAGAAGAUAAGCUGCGUAUACUGUCAGCGUUGCCUGUGGAGGAGCGUCUUCUACGGAUAACGGAGAUUCUGCAACGCCAGAUCACCACCAUACAGGGCAACAGUAGGAUCUUGUCCGUCACGACUACGCCGAAUGCCUCGCAGAGUGCGGUUAUUGAUCUGGAUACGCUCAAUCGACUGCGGCAGGAUCCUCGAUUACGGCAAUUGGGCAAUGGGCAGAAUGGAAAGAGCGGGAUUGGUCUACCGCCUGGGAUGGGAGGAGCAGGUGGCCAGCAAGAUGAUGAAGUCAACGAAAUUGAAGAACUGAAGAAGAAGCUGGAUGAGGCAGGUCUAUCACCCGAAGCUCAAAAGGUCGCAGAUCGAGAGCUCAAGCGGUUAUCCAAGAUGAACCCAGCACAAGCCGAACACCAAGUCUGUCGGAACUAUCUGGAGAAUUUGGCCGAGAUUCCGUGGACGAAGAUGACGGAGGAUAAUCUCGAUGCUGCUACUUUGACAAGGGCACGGAAGCAACUUGAUGACGAUCACUACGGUUUGGACAAGAUCAAGAAGAGGCUGUUGGAGUAUCUUGCAGUGCUCAAGUUGAAGCAGGCUGUCAACAUGGAUUUGGAGAAGCAGAUCCAGGCCAUUACCGCGGCGUCUCAACCACAGGAUCAAGAGAAGGAGGCAUCCAUUGAGGGUGAGGAGGAUGUGGCGCCAUCGACACAGCUCACGAAGAAGCAGCCAGAUGCUGGCAAGGAAAAGAGUGCUGAGGAGAUCAAGCUUCUGAACCACAAGAAGAUGGUCGAUAAGUCGCCGAUUCUGCUGCUGGUUGGACCACCUGGUGUUGGAAAGACUUCGCUUGCGAAGUCUGUUGCUACCGCAUUGGGUCGUCAAUUCCACCGUAUCUCGCUGGGUGGCGUUCGUGACGAGGCCGAGAUUCGGGGGCAUCGCAGAACUUAUGUCGCUGCUAUGCCUGGUCUGGUUGUGAAUGGCCUGAAGAAGGUCGGCGUGGCGAAUCCAGUCUUCUUGCUCGAUGAAAUUGACAAGGUUGGCUCUGCGUCAAUCCACGGCGAUCCAUCAGCUGCGAUGUUGGAGGUGCUUGAUCCUGAGCAAAAUUCGACCUUCGUGGACCAUUACGUCAACAUUCCAAUCGAUCUCAGCAAGGUCUUGUUCAUCGCUACCGCCAACACACUGGAUACCAUUCCACCACCUCUGCUGGAUCGUAUGGAGACCAUCCAACUGUCUGGCUACACAACGCUGGAGAAGAGGCACAUCGCGAAUCGACAUCUCAUCCCCAAGCAAAUCACAACGAACGGCCUCAAGCCUGAUAACGUCAGCCUGAACGAUGAAGUCGUCGACAGGAUCAUCACCGCCUACACCCGCGAAUCUGGCGUGCGUAACCUCGAGCGUGAAAUCGGCAGCGUCUGCCGCUCCAAGGCCGUCCAAUACGCCGAAGCACGCGACACAAACACCCUCCCAGCCUACACGCCCGUCGUCACCACGGACGACCUCGAAGACAUUCUCGGCAUCGAACGAUUCGAAGAAGAACUCGCCGCCCGCACCUCCCAACCCGGCGUCGUCACUGGCCUCGUGGCCUACAGCACCGGCUCACAAGGCAGCAUCCUCUUCAUCGAGAUCGCCGAAAUGCCAGGCACAGGCCGCGUCCAACUCACCGGCAAACUCGGCGACGUCCUGAAAGAAUCCGUCGAAGUCGCCCUCUCGUGGGUCAAAUCCCACGCUUACGAACUCGCCCUCACCGAUAACCCCUCCGAGGACAUCAUGAAAGCCCGCUCCAUCCACGUGCACUGUCCCUCGGGCGCCAUCCCCAAGGACGGUCCCUCGGCCGGUCUCGCGCACACCGUCGCCCUCAUCUCCCUCUUCAGCGGGAAACGCGUCCCAUCCACCAUCGCCAUGACGGGCGAAGUCGCCCUCCGCGGGAAAGUCAUGCCCGUGGGUGGAAUCAAGGAGAAACUCAUCGGCGCUCUGAGGGCUGGCGUGAAGAAAGUUUUACUUCCGCAGCAGAAUCGCAAGGAUGUUAAGGAUUUGCCGCAGGAGGUGCUGGAGGGGUUGGAGAUUAUCCAUGUCGGGCAUAUUUGGGAGGCAUUGCCGUUGAUCUGGCCGGAGAGUGAGUGGCCUGGGCAGAGGGGGUGGAGUGGAUUGGAGAGUCGGCUGUGA